CUAACUUCACUUGUAUAUAUCACACACUUACAGUCUGCUAGCUGUGCUGCUGUAGUGUGCAUAAACGCACAGAAUGAAUUGCGUCGUGAAUAAGCGCCUAGCUGCAAAUCAAAAUUAAUGCGUAGUUUUGUAAAAUAUGGAUCCAAAGAUGAGCUUGGUUCCCGUCCUUCCUACUAAGUGAUAGACUCGGAGUCAGGAUGGUUUUACUCUCCCGUAAGGUUGGGUUUAUCUCCUGUUCCUGUUCUAAGAUACUGAUUCUUCUAACAUUCUCCUUCAUCUCUUUAUACCUGGUCAAGAUUUUAGUUCGGAUGGUUUACAACACCCAGGAGGGUCUCUCAGUCACAUACGUAGACAGGAAUCUUCUACAGAUUGAACUGGAAGGGGAGAGUGGAGAAGAGAAAGAUAAUCAGGCAUUUAUUGAUAUUCCUCGAGAUAAACCAAAACUUUCCUUCUCGGCUAAAAGUACUCUUGAGAAGCUUCUAGAGAGGGAACAGCUAGAGAAAUCAGCUGAUCAGUUGACCAAGGAAAAAACUCCACCAUUAGGUGGUCUAUCAGGGGGUCAGAUAAUACCUGGGAAUGCUGGACUUAGUCAGUUGAAGGCGUCCUUGAAAGACCCGUCCUUUGUUGCUAAAAUCAAGGACCUGGAGGACCGGAGGCAGGACCUCUAUGUUUCAAUAUUAGAGAAGCGAGGACAAAUUGUAACAAGUGAAGACGGAUCUAAAACGAUAGUUUCCUACCCUCAGGUUCCAGUUAGAUUCCCCAAUAACCUAGAACGUAAACUCUCGGAUUGGACGGAGAAAGAAAAGAUUUGGUUAAACAUCACACACUUCCCCUGGCCUCUGGACGAAUCCUGUCGACGAUUUUCCGUCACAUUUGGCCGGAAACUACCUAUAGUGGGACUAGCCAGCUAUCCAAGCUCCGGAAACACGUGGAUUAGAUAUUUAAUAGAAGGCAUCUCUGGUUAUUAUACUGGAAGUAUGUACAAUGAUCUUUCACUCAGAAAGAAGGGAUUUUAUGGAGAAGGACUUUCUUCCGACAGUCAGAUGGUACUAACUGUUAAAACACAUGGACAUACAACAGAAAAAGGUUCAAAUGUACCAAGAGAAGAACAGUACAAGUACAACCAGAUAAAGGAUGUGAACAGCACUGCUAUACUAGUAAUAAGAAAUCCAUUUGCAGCGAUUCUGGGACACCGACAUUUAGAUCAGGGAGGCCACACUGGAUUGGCUAAGGAGGACCAGUUUCGUGGGACGGGUUGGCAGGAGUUUGUUCAAAUAAAAUCUGACUCCUGGUUCAACUUUUACUCCGACUGGUUAGAUGGAGUGGAUCCAAACCAAACUCUAGUCUUACAUUAUGAAAAUAUCAAAAUUAAUCUCAGGCAUUCAUUGCGUCGAAUCCUUGAUUUUCUAAACCUUGAAGAAGAGGAGGGUCGACUACUGAGGGGAGUGGGCACUGAGCUGUCUAGUAGUAUAGGGUCACCUAACCAAUCCAACAGGUCCCCGCUCUCAGAGAAUACGAGGUCCACCUUGCCCAAGUACUUUGUGUACGCAUAG